AUCAAUGCACGCAGAUGCUCUCCUCCGCGAACUAUACGUCAAAUUUGUGCAUUGGUUCAUAAAAAACCUCCUUUAAUUACUUACUUUCCUCACUCUUUACUUGUUACUGUUAUUGGAACUAUUCGUUACUACUAAUUUCAAUUAUUUUCAAGGGUUUGGAAAUUUACUUGGAUUAUAUCACCCAAUUGGAUAAGUUAUAUUUACCUGCAGCAGCUGAAUAUAGUACAACAUUACAAUUAGGGUCGUAAAGAAAUAUUCUCAGCCCCACGUGCAAAUUAGAGCCGUGAAGAAAUAUUCUCGGCUUCAAACUACAUGAUUGUUGCACUCAUCCAUGUUGGCUAAACACAUCUAAGCAGGUUAUAAUUUGGAAAAAGGAGAUGUUAUACAAGAUUUAUAUUAUAUUAUGUUAGUACACGACAAGAGUAAUUAUUGUGUGUUAUUAUGAAUGACGUGUGGCAAUAAUUGAUGAUAUGGCCAAAGCAGCAUAUAAUCAAGAUUGAAAACUGGAUGCUGCCCACAGUGUAUCAUUAAUAAUCAAGAAUGGCGCGAGCGAGAUCAAGUCAGCUGGUGACGUGGUGCUGGAGGUGUUGACUGGUACCUGCUUCACACCUCUGCUGCAGCGCGAGCACGAAAACUGCAUGUCGUCAUAGUGUCGUCAUGCCGCAAACUUUGAACUGAUGACGUGAUACCUGCAACAAGACAACAAGUACCUGUCAAGCCCUGAAUCCAACCCAGCUGGCCCGCCAUUAACACACCUUCAUGAUACAAUUAUACAGUAAACACGUAUAAUUAUUUCUUGCUCGAAAAUUUGUUGAUCCAUUCAAUUUAUUUGUUGAUUUAACAUGUCUCAAACUAUUAAAAUCGAAACCGAAAUUAUUGAUAUGGAUAGUUGCUAAACCCUAGUGGCAACCCCGGUUGCAAGCCAUAUUUCCGGCAUGUCAUCGAGCGAACAUUUAGUGAUUCAAACCUAUUCUGGCUUCACAUGAUUAAAUUCCGGGAUUAACGCUGAAAAACCCAUCUCAACCGUACGCAUCACGCCGUCUAUACAAAUCCGCAAAUUCCUAACGUGCUCCCAAACACGUCCUUGGUUAAGUCUGUUGCUCCGGAACAUGAAAAUUGCCACACCGAAAGGUCGAGGUUGUUCCAAUCUGCACCGUGUUCACAACUGUCGCUGCGAUGUUGGUGGCGUGCUACACAGACAACAUGGCUCGUGGACCCAAAAAGCAUUUGAAACGUCUUGCUGCCCCCAAGCACUGGAUGUUAGACAAACUUGGAGGCACAUUUGCUCCUCGUCCUUCAACUGGUCCCCACAAAUUGAGAGAAUGCUUACCUCUCGCAGUAUUGCUCAGAAACAGACUGAAGUAUGCUUUGAACUACAGCGAGUGCACAAAGAUUCUCAUGCAGAGACUCAUCAAGGUCGAUGGUAAAAUCCGAACUGACAAAACCUUCCCUGCCGGAUUCAUGGAUGUGAUAACCAUCGAAAAGACUGGAGAGUUUUUCCGUCUGAUUUACGACACAAAGGGAAGAUUCAAGGUGCACCCAGUCACAAAGGAGGAAGCAGCUUACAAAUUGUGCAAAGUGCGUAAGUUGGAGGUUGCGCCCAAGAAGGUUCCUUUCCUGGUGACUCACGACGCGCGUACCAUCCGCUACCACCACCCGGAGAUCAAGCCUAACGACACUGUCAUGGUGGACAUUGCCAGCGGGAAGAUCACCAAGUUCAUCCACUUCGAGCUGGGCAAGCUGGUGAUGAUCACUGGCGGCGCCAACAUCGGCCGCAUCGGAAUCAUCCAGAGACGCGAGAAAUUGCAGGGCGCUAUCGACAUCAUUCACGUGAAAGAUGCCCUUGGCCAUCAAUUUGCGACAAGAAUAACGAACGUGUUUGUGAUUGGGGAGGAGAAGACGCCUUGGGUGACGUUCCCGAAGCAGAAGGGAGUCCGUCUUACCAUCAUGGAUGAGCGACAGCAGAGACUGGAGAAGUCAGCUGCCUCCAAAUGAGACUUUGUCUAUUGACACCCUGAAUUUUGUCGAAAGAUGAUUGUUGAAAUUAAAUGUCCUGUUGUUAUAAUCUCUGUAUAAUUUGUGAAUUCAAAGUUGAAAAGAAUACUUUUAAAUAGUAAAUUGUAGAAACUCAAAAGGUUAAGUUAGAAAGCAGCUAAAGAUCAAAAGAUGAUUCUUAAUUAACUGUCGCUCUAACUACAGCAAUCGACUAGUAGUUGAUACAGUGUUGUUGAUACAUUUGUUUAGUCCUGGUUGACUAAAUUUAUAUUAAAAAGCCCAGUUGAGAAUUAUUGUUGAAAAAAGUUAAUUCAAAUGUUUAAAGGGCAUCUCAAAUUCAUCCCAAGUCUGUCUCAAGGAUCCUUAGACUACAUCUACACAUCUAGGAAGUCAAUAAUUGACACAAAAAAUGUGACCAUUAGGGUCGUAAAGAAUAUUUCUCAGCCCUCGCAGACAAUAGUGAUGACAUUUGAAGCCGUAAAGAAAUAUUCUCGGC